AUGUUAUCAGCCCGGGGGCGUCAGUAUGCAGCCUUGGAUUUGGCGGCUGGCUAUACCAAAGUUCGUGGCCCUUUGUACAACAAAGACACGCAUCCAGAUGGCCUGGUUUCUUUCAAAAACGCUGAAAAUUUUCUCAUGCAUGAUGAAGCGCUUGACUAUAUCAAGACAAAGUGCAUACCAUCUCUCGAGCCAGAAUCUUUGACCUAUCAUGAUGGCCCAUUCGGUUCCAAGCGAUUGAGGGCCGCAAUGGCUUCCUUCGUCAACAAGCGCUUUUCACCAGCCUCAACCGUAGCCAUUGAGCAUGUUUCAUUUGUCAGUGGCGUGACGGCAUUGAACGACAUACUGUCACUGUGCAUGACCGAUGGGGAGAAUGAUGCGUUGCUUCUAGGCAUGCCGAUUUAUGGAUCCUUUGUUCCAGAUCUGCAGAGCAUGUCACGUUGCAACUUGGUUUAUGCCUCAUUUGGAGAUGUUGAUCAGUUCAAUGUCAAUUCAGUCGAGUGUUAUGAGCGUGCUCUGCUACAAGCCGAGCAGGGUGGUAUUAAAGUGCGAGCGCUUGUUUUGGCCAACCCACACAAUCCUCUUGGACAAUGUUAUUCCCCAGAUGCGUUGAAAGCAAUCUUGAGCUUCUGUAAUAAGCACAAAAUACACCUUAUCAGUGAUGAGAUCUACGCCUACUCUGUAUAUCACACAGAUGCCUCGAGCCCAGGCUUUACAUCUAUACUCUCGCUAGAUACGGCCGGUAUCAUCGAUAAUGACCUCGUACACGUAAUGUAUGGAAUGGCAAAGGACUUUGCUGCUGCCGGUCUGAGAUUGGGAUGCUUGGUCACCAGGAACACUGAGCUAGGACAGGCUGUGCAGUCUCUGUCGCGAUUUCACGGCGCGUCACCAAUGGCCGACGCGAUCGCGACAUGCAUACUCGAGGAUGAGGAGUGGCAUCUGCAAUUCUUCAACAAGAGUACGCAUAUUCUCCGAGAACACCGAAAGAUCGCUGCAGAAGCAUUUGAUAGUGCUGGUAUUCCAUAUGAGAGGAAAGCAAACGCUGGGUUCUUCCUUUGGAUCGACCUGUCGGCAUGCUUACGCAGCCUGACAUGGGAGGCUGAAGACGACCUCAAGGAUAGGCUCUACGAUUUCGGUGUGGAAAUGGCAGCUGCACGUGGAUAUCACGGGGAAAUGCCAGGGCACUUUAGAUUCCUAUUUUCAGUGGAUAAAGAUACUGUAGAGGAAGCAGCAAGGAGGAUUGUCAAGUUCUUCGAGAACAAUAAGGUAGAUCAUGCGUAA